AUGGCUCAUCAAUUCAUUUCUUUAUUUCCAUCACCAAUGAGCAAGAGACAAAUAGAAUCGGAUUCUGAUAUAGAUGUCAGUUCCACUGAUGAUUCAGAUAACGAAACAGAUCAGCAACAAAAUGACGGUGAUGUUGACAUGCAAGAGACUGUCAAUGUCGACUUUGAUUUCUUUGAUUUGAAUCCCGAUGUUGAUUUCCAUGCCAUCAAAAACUUUUUACGUCAAUUGUUUGGUGACGAUCAUGCCGAAUUUGAUACCAGUGGGAUUUCCGACUUGAUAUUGACUAAAAAUACAGUUGGAACUACAAUCAAAACUGAAGGUCAAGAAAGUGACCCCUAUGCGCUCUUGAGUGUUUUCAGUAUUUCCAAUAACUUUACCGUGCCCAGUGUAAAGCAAUUAAUUGAUUAUGUGUUGAGUCAAACAAAGAAUAAACUAGAAUUUAACGUCACUUUAAAGAAGUUGUUGCAGCCAACAACUGAAAGCUCACCAAGAGUUGGUUUAAUUGUGAGUGAAAGAUUGAUCAAUAUGCCCAUAGAAGUGGUUCCACCAAUGUACAAGAUGCUACUGGAAGAAAUGCAAAAAGCUGAUGAUGCCGAUGAACGCUUCAAUUUCGAUUAUUACUUGAUAAUAUCAAAAGUAUAUCAAUUGGUUGAUGCUGUGGAGAAGGACGAUGAAGGCAAGGGUAAAAAGAGGAAAACAGGUGAUGAGAAACCACCAGUUGAGUUUGACUAUUUUCAUCUAGAAGAUCAGAUCCUAGAAGCAAAUGCAACUUACAAAGGAAUCUUUGAUUACAAAAACAAGAACCAACAAGAGACAGACUCAAGGAGGGUGUUUACUGAUUACGGCAUUGAUCCGAAAUUGAGCAUCAUAUUGAUAAAUAGAGAUAAUUUGGCCAAAUCGGUGAAGGAAAUGGAAGGACAAUUCCCGGCACCUUAA